AACGCCGCAAUAAGUUGUCCCACACAACUGAAGUGUGUUGGAGUACAUAGCUCCGAUGUGAGGGUGUGUGGAAAAGUCAACUUGCUAUGACGGCUGUCAGUGGCAGGAGGAGUCUGCGAAUUUUCUGGGCACGGGCUCACCGGUGGCUAUUCCAGUCGCCGCUACGGACACGCGCGAGAAUGGAAGAAGAUGACGACUGUAUCUUCUGCUGUAUCGCGAGCGGCUCUGAUCCCACCACGGAGAUCCUUUGGAAGGAUGAAGAGUGUGUGUGUUUCCGGGAUAUCAGCCCAGUAGCCCCAUAUCAUUACCUGGUGGUGCCACACAUACACAUCACGAACUGCAAAGUACUCAAGGCAGAACACACUGCACUGGUGGUGAAGAUGGCUAAUGCAGGGUUAGCGGCGCUGCAAGCGAACGGUUUCUCUGACUUCAAUAAUGUAAGUUUGGGCUUCCAUAUUCCUCCUCGUACUUCUGUCCAUCAUCUCCACCUCCACGUCCUGGCUCCCCAAACUAAGCUGUACGAGGAUGCAGAGUACAGGUGCCUUACCAACAACAGCCCUUUCUUUUUACCAGUUGAGGUGUUGCUGAGAAACCCAAAAAUGAAUCCCAAAAAUGUCCUGUGGUCUCCAGGCACCGCAGCGGUCACAAGACAACCACAGCCAACAGUGACCACCAGUCAAACACAGCCAACAUCACACAACAGCUGA